AUGGACGGCAGCGUGCAGGCGGCGAAAAUCGUCUCAAAAGAGAAUGAUAAGAAGAAUCGAGAUAGGACCGUGGACACUGCGCCCGACGCCGAUCCGCCAGUAAAGCAGAGUACUAGUACUGAACAACACAAGUCGAGUGGUGGUACCGACGGUACUAGUGGUACUGGGAAUUCGGGGAGCAGCAGAAUUGUACCAUCUAUCAAGAGUGGACCAUACGAGAGUGGACAAGUGAGUACUAGUCGUACUGUACUAUAUUGACUUAAAAAGUAGUCUGGUACAAGAUACCUAGUAUAUAAAGAUAGUACUACUAAGACUAAUGUUCAGUACUAGUUCAGCAACAAUGUAUUAACUGUUAUUUAAAAAAAGUUACAACAGAUAUUGUUUUAGACGCCUAAAGUACUAGUUUGGAGGAAUCUUAAUGUCUCGGUACCACAACAAUCUGGUCGAUUCUUCAAAAGAACUGACGAGUAUCGACAAGUACUCAAUAAUGGUAUGUUCAACUUAUUGCAGCAAUAAUACUACUAUAUGUACCCGCUGUAUAUGACACGAUUAGGGUAAAAUAGUUUAGAGUAGGAUAUAUUAAGAGUGGGUAGAAUUAGAUAAAGCAGAGCAAGAUUAAGUAACUGACGCCAGGGUAAAGUAACGUAAAUUAUUGUAGAAAAAGCAAUGGAAAAGAUGUAUAAUAUAUAGUUAUAUUGUACUUAUUAUGUAAGCUAUAUUACUUUAGUCUCGGGCGUAGCCGAACCAGGUGAAAUCCUAGCCAUAAUGGGCGAAAGCGGAGCAGGAAAGACCACUCUUCUGAAUGUUCUGAUGCAACAGAACCUCCGGAAGCUGCAAAUCGCUGGAGAAGUAGAGAUCAACGGUGAAGCUGUGUCAAAGUACGAGUUGAAGAAGAUGAGUGCUUAUGUACAACAACAUGACCUGUUUGUGGGUUCGAUCAAGGUAAAAGAACAAUUGGUAUUCUCUGCCAAAAUGAGAAUGGGACGGAAGUAUACCAAUGCUCAGAAGAUGGAGAGGGUCAACGAGGUCAUUGAGAAGGUAAGUUAUAGCUAUUUGUUUGUUUUUCGGUUGUAAAUCAAAGAUAAUAUAUUGUGUUUGUUACUUUAAACUUUUAAUAGUAAUCUCUAAUGAGUGUUCACUACAACAUAUUCUACUUAUAAGGCCUUAGAACUCUGAAGAGCAAGCUACUACAAUAUAUAAUGGUUAUUGCCACUUAAAGAUCAUAUACUACACUAUACUAUACUACAUCCUCAAUUGCAGAUGGGCCUAACGAACUGCCAGAACACAGUAAUCGGCCAACGAUUCCAGAAGUCAAUAUCACUGGGCGAGAAGAAAAGACUGGCAUUCGCCUCAGAACUGAUAACAGACCCAUCUAUCAUGUUCUGCGACGAACCUACUUCAGGAUUGGACGCUUUUAUGGCCAAACAGGUGAUAAUAUCGCUGAGGAAGAUGGCUGACGAAGGACGAACCAUCGUCAUCACUAUCCAUCAGCCUUCUAGUCAGAUCUUCGAAAUGUUCCACAAGUAAGUUGAUAUAGAACAUGUAGGUAUAUUACCACAUGUUUUACAGCAUAAUCGAGUGUAGUAAUUACAAAUUUUACAAAGUAUUAGCUGCGGUAUAACAUAAAGUUACUAUGCUUCGUAUCUUGGCUUGUAGUAUGCGUCGUAUCUUGCAAUAUAAAGCUGUCAACUCUAAAUACCGCUAUAUUGACAAAGAAGAUACCAAUUGCCAUUUCAGAGUGUGUUUCAUGGGUAUGGGCAAGGUGAUUUACCUUGGUCCAGCGACAAAAGUGACAAAGUUCUUUGCCAAAGUCGGCUACCCAAUGGCCGACUACACGAAUCCAGCUGAGCACGCUAUAAAGAGUCUGGCAGUGAAGGAAGGUGAGGAGAAGCAUGCUUGUCAACAGAGAGUAGAGGAGGUGGCCAAGAUGUACGAAGAGUCUCCCAUGGCCGAGAAGUACCGUGCCAGGAUCUGUGAUCCUGUAUCCGAAAAGAGGGUCAAACUUGGCAAUCAGGACGUCAGGGAUCGACCUACGUAGGUUUAAGGGGGGUUUAUGUUAACAUAGGUGAAUAUUGAGGAAGGAGAAGCCAAAUUAAGACAACGUGGUACUGUAAAGCGGCUCUGAUUCAGUAUUUUGACACAAUAGGAUAUGUCAAUACUACAGCAGCUCAGUAGAGUAUGCCAAUACUAUAGAAACUCAGUAGAUUAUAUCUACACUACAGCCAGAUACCAUACUCUAUUUCAGAUUCGCAGCACCAUGGUACACACAGUUACUGUGCCUAACGAAGAGAUCAGCCAUGUGUAUAUUGAGAGAUCCUUUCAUAUUGAAACUUCGUAUCAUUCAAAUUGCGGUAUGUUACAGUAUAUCAUUUUAAAAUUCACUUUAAGACGAUUACGGUCUAAUUAAUAUAGCUCAUAACAAUAAGGUAAACUAUGCCAUGAUAAUGUAAUUUCAGCUGACAGCCGUCAUCGUAGGCACCAUUUACUUCCAACCAGAGAUGAAGCGAGAGAACGUCCUAACAUACGAUGGUAUCAUGUUCAACACGGUCCGCGACAUGAACUUUAUGUUCUUGUUUCCUUGUGUGUUGGUAUGUUGUUUUGGUUUGUCGUAUACAUACUAUAUACUUUGUAUAUUAUCGUAUGUUGUUGUAGGUAUUCACGGAAGAGCUGCCAGUUACAAUGCGAGAAACUCACGCCUAUGUCUACCGUAUCCACCUCUACUUUAUCGCCAAAAACCUGGCCGAACUGCUACAGUACCUGAUCCUUCCUUUCAUCUACUCAAACAUUGUCUACUUUAUGACCGGGGUCAUGGAACUGACAGUCCAAAAGUACCUGACCUACAUCUUGAUCAGCAUCACCAUGUGUAACACGGCUACAUCGAUUGGCUACGCCACAUCGUGCAUUAUGGGAACGGCCGAAGUGGCAGUUCAGCUACUGCCAUUGUUUACAUUACCCAUGUUGUUGUUCGGAGGUCUGUUCAUCAACAUCACGUCAGUACCUGAGUAUCUAAAGUGGUUGAAAUACAUAUCAUGGUAUCGGUAUGCCUUUGAGAGCUUCAUGAUCAACAUGUGGUACGACGAGGGAACGAUCCAAGGUAAAAUACGGUAUUUUUUGAUGGUGGACACUGUUGUAUUAUGAUUAAGUAGACGAAAAUAGUAAUGACACGGCCAACACAUAGCAUCUUAUAAGUACUAUGAUCUGUUGAGAACAAGCCCUAUCAUGCCAUAAUACAAGCCCUACCAUGCUGUAUAUAAAAGUACCCUAUCAUGCUACAGUACAAUAUAGUGCAGUACCACAGUGUCCUACACUAUCCGGCUUUACAUUCUACAGUAAAUUAAACUGCUUUUAGGCUGCAACGCCACCGAUCACAGCGUAGACAGCUGUACCACGGGUACCAAUGGCACCACCCACCUCGAUUACCAUGGUUUAGAUACAGAACUGUCGGGAGUGUGGUUCAACUUGAGUAUUAUGUUCGUCAUGAUUUGUACUUACCGAAUGCUAGGCAUCAUUGCCCUUUACAUACGAUGUCGUGUCAAUGACACAUGA